AGCUUACAUAGUUGUGCAAUUAAUCAGUAGUGAUAUGUAUAUUUAUUGAAAUAAUAUUCAAUUAAACAAUCCCAUCAUGUUUAUAAUACUUAACAAAGAGUAUACAAUAUACUUUCAAUAUAUAAAAUAUAAAAAGCAAUAAUUAUCUGAUCAAUAUAUAUCUUUCAUUAGGGAACUUUGAGUUAGAGACAACUAAAUAAAUUUUUGUUGUUGUAUCAUUGUUGUUGGAAAGUAAAUAUAAAGACAUGGGAGCAGGAAGAAGCCAAUUUACUGAAGAGGAAUUACAAGAUUAUCAGGACUUAACAUACUUCACAAAGAAAGAAGUUCUAUAUGCACAUCAAAAGUUUAAAGCUCUUGCUCCAGAAAAGGUUGGACAUAACAGAAAUGCAAAGCUUCCUAUGUCCAAGAUUUUACAAUAUCCAGAAUUAAGAGUAAAUCCCUUUGGAGAUAGAAUUUGCAAAGUUUUUAGUUCUAGUCAAGAUGGAGAUUGUACAUUUGAGGAUUUUUUAGACAUGAUGUCUGUAUUUAGUGAUGCUGCUCCAAAAGCUGUGAAAGCUGAACAUGCUUUUAGAAUAUUUGAUUUUGAUGGUGAUGAUAUGUUGGGAAUUGGAGAUUUAAGAUUAGUAGUUGACAGAUUAACAGCUCCUCAAAGACUAAGUGAAAUGGAUAUGCAACAACUUCUUCAAUACAUACUGGAUGAAGCUGACUUGGAUGAUGAUGGUGCUCUUAGUUUUGCAGAAUUUGAACAUAUAAUAGAAAAAAGCAGUGAUUUUUCCAAGACAUUUCGUAUACGCUUGUGAAUUAUAAUAGUAAAAUGACCAAAGUAUAGUUAAUGAAAGACUGAAUAUUAAUAAUAAUAACUAAUGCUAGAGCUACUAUUGGCACUAGGCCUAAAUCAUUUUUCUUUUUUUUUUUCAUGUAAACAUUAGAAAGUAAUGUUAAAAGUCCAAAGAUGUGCCAAGUCCAAAUGGUCAGGCCUAACAAUAACAAUAACACCAACAGAAUAUUUUUUUUGUUACUUUUUACAGGAUCUUAUGCACAAAUUAAAUUAUAUUUCUAUAGUAUUCCACAGAAUAAUAUUUCUCAUUAGUAAUAGUAAUAUAGUCUCUUCAAGAUAUGUCAUAAUGUCAAAGACAUUCUUUACUCUAAAAUUUUACUCUAAACAGCAGUACAAAAUUUAUACUACAUGCAUAUUCAUAUAGUAUAAACUUAAAUAUGAAUUUAAUUGUAAUUGAAAUCACAAUUUAUUGCAUUUCUUGUUGUAUUUUAUCAUAGUAUUUACCACGUUUUAGAUAUUAUUAUGUAUAAUUUUUAAACACAUUAUUUUAUCUUAAUUUAUUAAUAGGUAUUCUUAAUAAAAAAAGCAUUGUUUUUUAUUAAAUAAUGUAUUUACAAGAAAUUUGUUUCAUUUAUUCUUUUUUUUUAUAAAAAGUGUUAGUAUUAAAUGUAAUUUUUCAAAGUUAUGUUUUGUACAUAGCUUGGAAAAAUGCAUUCAUGAUUGUAAAUAUCCCCUAAAAAAAUAUUUGAUUUAAUAGAAUAAAUUUUUAAUUUAGAAUUAAAACAAUUGAAGAAAUAAUUAGCUUACGGUAGUUUCAUACGCAUGAAUAUCCAGCAUGUUAUAAAAGAGACAACUAUACUAAUGAAUCCAACACAUAUCAAAAGAAUUCUGUUAAGUUUUGGAGUGGAUGGACUAUGUGUUUGUUCAAGUACGAUGAAGCCUAAACCACCUAAAGUAAAAAGGAAGCUCGACGCUAAACCUUCCAUAAUAUAUUGACCAUUCACACGAUAUGGCAUAAAUGCCACCUGUAAAGAUUUAUAACCUAGUUAAUAAAAUUAUAUUUUUUGAGAA